AUUUGCACCUUUAAACAGACCUGACCUGCAUUAUUAUAGUCAUCCAUGUGAGAAAAAUGUCUGCAACAUUCCUGUGCUGGAUUCCCCCCAGAAUGCAUCAGGGCCACCAGCUCAAAACGACCCAUCCGGCUAAAACAGAUGCAAGUAUUUUAGUGGGAGGCAGCGAGUCCUCUGCUGGCAGGCGCUCCCUGCAAUAUGUGGCCGUAAGAUGAAGUCACAAACAUUGCAACUGUAGUCGACUCCCACUCGCCGGGCAGCACAGACGGGGCAUUAUGUGGCCGAGUACCAGCUGGUACCACGGCUCCUCAUCCUCCUCCAGGACUUCAUUUGUUGCUGCCUCUGAAAUCGGGACAUGGAACUUAAAGUGGAGAGCAAACCUGCGAACGUUUUCCUCGGAUGCAUCGUCGCCGUCUGCUUUUCUACGGUCUGUUGGGCGGAGAGACUAUGCACGGUUCCCCCUGGUCCAGUGUCAGUGCCAGAGAACAACACAGCCGACGUGCAGGUGGUGAAGAUCGACUCCAGCAGCGAUGUGACUCUGAGCGUCACCGUGAACCCUGAAGAUCUGUUCUACCUGACCGGGGAUGCCCUGAUGGUGAAGAAAGGACUCGACUACGAGUUGUUGCAGAGUUCAACUCUGACAGUUUGGGUUCAGUGCAGCAGGACAGGCUCCAGAUCUGUGAACGAGUCUGUGGAGGUGUUGGUUGAAAACGUGAACGAUAAUCCUCCAAACUUUGCUCAGAGUCACUACGUGCUGGAGGUGAACGAGCUGACGGCAGUGAACUCCAGCGUGGGACUGAUCGAAGCUUCAGAUGUGGAUUCAGAGCCGCUGUACUAUCGCUUAGAGCCGGCAACAGAUAAAUAUUUCCGUCUUGAAAACAAAAACUCUCCAAAGAUAAUAGUUAAAAGCAUUCUGGACUACGAUGUCGUGCAGAAGAUCUCUCUGGUGUUACACGUGCAGGACACGCUGGAGGGCUCGGCCUCCAACGAGCCGUUCUUCACGGCGGUGGCGACCAUCACGGUGCAGGUGAAGGAUGUGGACAACCGGCCGCCGUGGUUCCAGCCGUGCCUGAGGACCAACCUGGGCAUCGCCAAGCUGUGUGUGAGCUCCGGGUACAGAGGGAAGGUCAACCUCACUGAGAAGGAGGACGGCCCGCUGGUGCUGGAGCCCGGCCCGGUGUUCGCCAAGGACGGAGACAAGAACCGCAGCGAGCAGAUCAGCUACAGGAUCCUGAGAGGAAACGAAGGAAAUAUUUUCCAGAUUGACGAGGAAACAGGAAACAUCUCCAUGGCCAAAGCUGCUGACAUCGUCGGCCCGAUAACUCUCACUGUCCUGGCGUCUCAGGUGACCAACAGGGACCAGUUCUCGGUGACGCAGGUGACCAUCGAGGUGAUGAAGAAGAGCAGGAACCCUCCUCGCUUCGAGAAGGAGCGAUACGAAGGAUUCAUCUACAGCAACUCAGUCCCCGAGAGCAUGAUCCUCCGAGACCGCAGCACCAAUAGACCCUUCAGGGUCCGAGCCCGGGACGAGGACUUCGCUGCUGGUCUGAAUCCAGAUGUGAAGUAUGAAGUUCAGUACAGCAGCUACGUCAACGUCACCUCAGACGGUUUCGUGAUCCUGAAGAGAGUCGUGAAGACAGAGUCCUUCGCACUGCAGCUCAGAGCUGUGGAUUCGACAACAGGAGAGUUUGGAACAGCUGCUCUCUCUGUUCAGGUCAUUCCAGCGGUGGCCAUCCCGUCCCCGUCUAACAUGGGCUACCGUCCGGGCGACAUGGCGCUGCUGGGUCUGGUCAUGGCGGCGCUGCUGGUGCUCUGCUUCAUCGUCAUUGGCUUCUUGAUUUCACGCUUGUGGAAAGGAAAUACUGGCAUGGACAAGAUCUGUGAGUGCCUGGGCCCCUACCUGAAGUCGGACCAGCCGCGCUCCGGCCACAGGGACUCCCUGCAGUACACCAACGACGGCUUCCAGAACGAGGCCGACGCCGGCCGCGGGGGAGGCCGGCGCUGGAACAACGCCGUCCCCAGACGGAGCACCUUCCCCCAGGGCCGGGGCCGCGUCAUCCCCCUGGAGAGACGCAGCCGCCACUGCUCCUCCUGCGGCGUCUACACCAACCACGUCCCCAAGGGGAGCCCGUCCGUGAGGCCGUCCAGGAGGGGCCGCGGGGACGGGGACGACUACGGCACGAGGUCCAUCCUCGCCAAGCAGAGGAGGAAGGAGGGCCAGAAGACCGUGUGGUUCAAGGAGAUCGAGGACUCCUCCGACAUCGAGGUGGAGAUUAUCCCGGACACUGUGGGCCGCGUGGAGGAGGAGACGGAGGAGGAGCUGGACAUGGAGGGGGUCGUCAGAGACCCGGCGGCCCCGCUGAGGGAGUCCGACGGCGAGCAGGAGAACACGGAGCCCGGCGAGGAGCAGGACCGGGAAAAUAACGGCUCAGAAAAGGAGAAGGGGGAGCAGGAGCAGGAGGGCUGA